UAGGAACCAAUGUUGUAGUUUUUGCGCGCGGAAGGAUCGGAAAAGCGGUUGCACAUUGAGAGCAGCAUGGACGACAACAGAAGUGUCAGAAGAACUAAAGAGGAGAAGAAAUUGCUUCGCAGGCAGAUUAAAGCCAGUCACACAUUACUCAAACACGAGGGCAUAAGUACAGUGUUGAAUCCCACAAAGCAUCUGGUAGUCUCUAAUGGAGGUUUGGGAAAUGGAGUGAGCAGGGAGUCACUGCUGGAGGUUCUUGAAGAGGGAGGUACCGUUAAAUCGCUCCUCACACCUCCUGCUAAACCAUAUGCAUUUGUGACAUAUUCAUCAACCCAAGAAAGCCAGAAUGCUUACACGCUUCUUAAUGGACGAUCGCUGCUGUGUGAGGAUCAAAGUGUAACGCUCUAUUUCAGCUAUGUUGAGAAAGUGGACUGUAAUGGGGCUGUGUCUUCUGUGUUACCCCCUGGUCUAUCUGUGUUGGAGGAAUUUGUAUCUCCAGAGGAGGAGCUACAAUUGCUGAAGGCUGUGGAUUGGACAUCAAAUGAUGAUGAUGAUGAAGAUGUCACAGUUCAGAAAGCUUUGAAACACCGACGAGUGAAGCACUACGGAUAUGAGUUUCGAUAUGAUAAUAAUAACAUUGACAAGGACAAGCCAUUACCGGGUGGUCUACCGGUGGAAUGCGAUGCUUUACUACAAAGAUGUUUGACUGAUGGCCACAUAAGUGUCCUCCCAGACCAGCUCACUGUAAACCAAUACCAAACUGGACAAGGAAUUCCUCCCCAUGUGGACACUCACUCACCAUUUGAGGACACUAUACUUUCCUUGAGUCUUGGAGCGAAGACAGUAAUGGACUUUAAACAUCCUGAUGGUCGCUCUGUCUCUGUGGUACUGCCAGAACGCAGUUUACUGGUGAUGAAAGGAGAAAGCCGUUAUCUGUGGACCCAUGGCAUAACGCCUCGGAAGUUUGAUGUGGUUCCCGUUUCAGAGGAUGGAGGGUCAGGGGUUAUGACUUCCGAUUUGAGUAAUCUGACCCUGAGUCGUCGUGGUACCAGGACAUCGCUUACAUUUCGCAAAAUUCGGCAUACACCAUGUAACUGUGCCUAUCCAUCUGUAUGUGAUAGCCAACAGCCGCCCUCCCCACCCACAAUGCCUGUUGUUGAAGCUGAUGCGUGCCAUUUGGAGGCACAGUACGUUCACCGGGUCUACGAAGAAAUUUCGUCCCACUUCAGCAGCACACGACAUUCACCAUGGCCUCAGGUGCGAGACUUCCUGCUGUCCCUGCCACCUGGUGCAAUUCUAGCGGAUAUCGGAUGCGGCAAUGGCAAAUACCUGGGUAUCAACCCUGAGGUGAUGUCGUUGGGCUGUGACCGUAGUGCUAAUCUGGUGCAGAUCUGCAGAGAGCGAGGUUAUGAGGCAUUCGUGUCCGAUGCUUUGUCUGUUCCCUUGCGCAGUGGCAGCUGUGAUGCCUGCAUCUCUAUUGCGGUCAUUCAUCAUUUCUCUACACAGGAAAGAAGACAGUCUGCUAUCCGGGAGCUGGUUCGGUUAUUAAAGGUGGGAGGAAGAGCUCUGAUCUACGUUUGGGCAAUGGAGCAAGAAUACAACAAUCAGAAAUCGAAAUAUCUAAAAGAAAAUAAAUAUGAAGAAAAUGUGAUGAGUACAGAAGAAAAUAAUCCCAAACAAAAGAAGGAGCAUGUCGGGAAAAUUACUUCAGACGUUAAAAACACAAAGGACAGUUCUGGAGAUGUGACACCACGCAGAAUACACGUCCAUACUAAUCGAACAGCUUUCAUUUCUCAAGAUCUCCUGGUGCCUUGGCACUUAAAGAGUAAUAAGGACAAAAACCAAGCAGUAGCGAGUACAGAGAUCCCUGUGGAGAAAACAAGCCAGACUCCCGUAUUUCACCGUUUUUAUCAUGUGUUUCAGCAGGGUGAGCUGGAGGAACUGUGUGUGACGGGUGUAAAAGUGCUCAGGAGUUACCACGAUCAGGGUAACUGGUGUGUGGAAUUGGUGAAAACACAUGAUAUCUCUUCAAAUCAUGAUAUUGCAUUGGAAAAAUAACUUUUUAAGAGUCAAUUAUUAUAUAUAAUGAAAAUAAAGAACAUUAUUAUCUA